AUUACUUACACACAUACACACACAUAAAAAAAAAAAAAUAGCCCAUAUAUCCUUCAUUUCUUCUCCAUUAACUAAAGACCAAAAUAUAAAGACCAAAAUCUUCCAUGGAUCAACCCAGAAAUUCCACGAUUCCUAUUGACCUGACGCAGAUAAUUUUCUGAGUCCACACUCAUAGCCAUGCUCUAUUUCCCAGUGCCUUUCCCAAAUCCUUCAUCGUUAAGAUUGAGGGAAUUGCUAAAACCUGGGAUUUUUGUUAAUAAGAUAUUUUCUGGGUAAAAUAUAAUUCGAUUCCAAUAUUUUUCAACAAAAUAAACACAGUAGAUAGAUAGUAAUUGAAUAUUUGAAAGCAAUAUGGGUCAAAAAAUCUCAAAAGAUGAAUUGGUUUAUCAGCAAGUGAUUGGGAGUAAUAUUGAUGCAAUUAAAGCUCUUUGCACUGAAGGUGCUCGACUUGAGUGGAUUGAUAAAGAAGGGAAAACUCCAUUGAUAGUGGCUUCUAUGGAUCCUAGACUUUAUGUUGUGGCCAAGACUUUGAUUGAAUUGGGUGCAAAUGUUAAUGCGUAUCGCCCUGGGAGUCAUGCGGGUACACCUUUGCAUCAUGCUGCGAAGAGAGGUCUGGACCACACUGUUAAGUUGCUUCUCUUGCAUGGAGCUAAUCCUUUUGCGAGAAAUGAUGAUUGUCAAACACCGUUAGAUUUAGCGAGAACAAAGGGGUACUGCAAUGUUGUUCGUACAAUUGAGGCACACAUAUGCUACUUCUCUAGUGAUGUACGUGAGGUUCUGGCGGUCCCAGGCUUCCUCGGGUCUUUGGUGCCGCAACGAUUAGCAAGGAGGAGCUCAAAGAAGUGUUGGGUAGUCGUUGUUCCUUGCGGUCUCCCUAAUACAAGGGGGCCUCUGAAAUUGGAGCUGGUUGUGUAUUCUAGUGCACAGGAUCCGCAGCCUCGUACUGUCAUUCCUCUUUGGAAGUCCAACAUUGUGGGGCCAAAGUUUCACGAGUCAGACCCCACCUUGACAAUUUCCAUUGAGUCCACUGGGACCCGUUAUAAAUUUUUAUCUGAUAUUGAGGGAGACAAGCAUAAACUUGCUCAGUUAUUCAGUGCUUGUAAAGGGUUUCUUAAGGUUAUGCCUUCUUCACAACCAGAAGCUAACACAGGCAACCAGCCAGAAUUUUCAGCAGGCCCGGAUUCUCAGUCAAGUUCUGCUACAAAUGGUUGGGGUGAUCUUGACAGUAAUGCUACUCACACUGAGUGUGGUCCAUCUAGUGGCCCGCCUCCCGGUAAAGCAAGCUGCAACGGAUGGGCCGAUGAACCCGCAGCACAAGAACUAAACGGAUGGGCCAAUGAACCCGCAGCACAAGAAUUAAACGGAUGGGCCGAUGAACCCACAGCACAAGAAUUAAACGGAUGGGCUAGUGCUGCUGAUCCAGGCCCAUCCAUGCGGCCCGCAGACGGUCCUACUACAAUUGUUGCCUCAGAACCCGUCUCUUCAGCUCCAUCAGCUCCUCCCUUACCCGUGGACACCGUGGUUGACGGGCCUAUCCAUUAUCCAGCUGUCGAUGUGGGGCCCGUUGACGUGUCUGUCACCGGUACCAAAGCAACAGGUAAAAACGACGAGUCUUGUUGUGUGAUAUGUUGGGAUGGCCCGGUAGAGGGGGCUUGCAUUCCUUGUGGUCAUAUGGCUGGAUGUAUGUCUUGUUUAUCAGAGAUCAAAUCCAAGAAAGGGGUUUGCCCGGUUUGUCGGGCCAAGAUUGACCAGGUUAUCAGAUUGUAUGCUGUUUGAAAGGGGGCUUGACUAAAUAAUUUUUUGCCACUUUGUACAAUUGAAUCUUAUUGUAUAGUCAGUAAUCAUAAUGUUUCGGAAAAGAAUGCUGUAAAUAUAUUUUAAGUCAUGCUUCCUUAUCGAAGCUGGACUUCGUAGUUGUCAACAGCAAUUUGAGGAUUUACAAACUAAAUAAA